AUGGAAGAUGCUCCGUAUGAUUACAAAAUCUUGACAAGACCUCGCGCAAGUCCUAAAAAUAAAAAUUGUUCUUAUUUUGCUGAACAGGAAUCUAAAUCUGUGGAAGGUAGAUCCAUUUUUGAAGAUGCACUGCAAGCGUAUGAAGAGUUGAAAAAUCGGGAAAGUAGUUCUGAAGAUUGGAAGUAUGAUGAAGGCACUGGUUAUUAUUAUUGUGAAUCAACAAAAAUGUACGCUUUCUGGGACGCAGACAUACAAGAUUGGAAGUAUUUUAACAAUAAAAUAGAGAACUAUCAAGGUGGGAUCGGCAAAUUUGACGAAACGAAUAAAGAUGAAGAAGAUCCAUCGAAUUCUGAUAAAGAAUCUGAGAAUUCAACAGAAAGUACACGCGAGGAAGGUCAAUUAUCAGAUUCUGAAGCAUGCGGGACAGCUUCUUCCUCUUAUGAGAAUGAUACCAAUGGACAAGAUCAACAUAAGGACGCAACACAUAGAUAUCCUAUACCACUUGGAUAUAAAGCAACGGUAGAAGUGAGAUAUUAUUUUAAUCCUGAGAAUAAUGUUUGGUUUGACGUGCAUUCUGGAGUUUAUUCAGUAUAUGAUGAAAGUACCCAAACUUAUACGCCAAUUGAUCCAACAUCAUUAGUAUAUUCAUCGACUUCCGAUGAUGCUGCAAUAGAACAAGGAGAACCUGGUAGCGAUGCAACCCUUAGAUUGGUGGUAAUUGAAUCCGGAAUUCUUAAAGCGGGACAUUUGGUUCUGGUUGAUGCAAAUGGGAUUUCCAUGGGAAGGGACAGAUGGGAUGACCGACGACUUCGAUUAGCUGAAAUGCCAACAUCAAAACAUCACUGCCAAAUCUUUUGCAGUAACAAUAAUGAAGAAGGAGGAUCUCCCACUUCAAAUUCUGUUGAUGCAUUCUUUAUUGUUGAUAUAGGUUCGCAAAAUGGAACUUUUGUCAAUUCUCAACGAUUAUCGGAAAGUAAGAUGAGUUCCAAGCCAUAUCAGUUAAAUCAUAUGGAUGAAGUUGUCGUUGGAAGUACCAAAUUUCAAGUGCAUUUGCAUAAACAAUGGACAUGUGAUAUUUGCACCGUAACGGAGGGAAAGGUGAUUGACAUAUCUCAAAAGAACGAUGGCAUUUCUAAUAACAUGAAUAAAUCUAAACAGAAAAAUCUUGAAGAAUUUCAGCGGCGCGAGGAGCUGAAUCGUUUGAAACGUAAAUAUAUGGGUUCAUCUAAUAUCAAUCAAAAGCAAAAAAAAUAUGUUGAUAGGGCUGCUUUAAGAAGAGAAAUUCAUCCUGAUAAUGGACCAGUAAAGAAAGAUUGGGAGGAUAUAGCUCAAGUAUCAGCGGAAGAAGCAAAGAAUCUGCAAACAAAAAUCGGUUCAGAUAAUAAGGGAAAUAAACUUCUACAGAAGAUGGGGUGGAAGGAAGGACAAGGUUUAGGACGACAUGGUACUGGAAUUUUGGAUCCAGUCCAAUUUAUUACCAACGAGGGAAGAGUCGGUCUUGGUGCAGGAGGGAAAAAGAGUCAAAAUAGCACUACUGAAUCAUUACAGGAAGCAACAAGACGUGUUGCCAAAGAAAGAUUUAUUGAUUUAUUUCAAUGA